GCACAUUCUCUAUCACAUCCGCUCUCCUGCUGCGUACUUUAUAUUCGCUGGAACCAAGGCGCUAUCUUUACUUCUCUUCUUUCUGACCCUCUGGCCUCUCUGUCCGGCUACCAGAGGUGCUUUUCCUGCAACAUGGUACAGUCGAAGAAGUUCAGAGGAGUCAGGCAGCGCCACUGGGGCUCCUGGGUCUCCGAGAUACGCCACCCGCUCCUGAAGAGAAGGGUGUGGCUUGGAACGUUCGAGACGGCCGAGGAGGCCGCGCGGGCCUACGACGAGGCUGCAGUGCUGAUGAGCGGCCGCAAUGCGAAGACCAACUUUCCGGUUUCCAAAACCCCGGCCAGGGAUGCCGGGCCAAACGAGAACGGUCGCACCACCUCCACAGGCUUGUCGGAGGUCCUCAGUGCAAAGCUCCGCCGGUGCUGCAAGACGCCAUCGCCGUCCCUCACCUGCCUCCGGCUCGACACCGAGAAGUCCCACAUCGGGGUGUGGCAGAAGCGGGCCGGCGCCCGUGCCGACUCCAACUGGGUCAUGACCGUGAAGCUCGGCAAGGCGGAGCAGCAGGAGUCGGGGAGCAACGCCGAGGGGGAGGUGGCGCCGCCCACGCCAGCGGUGGAGGGGACGUCGCAGGGGAUGGACGAAGAGGACAGGAUCGCAUUGCAGAUGAUAGAGGAGCUCCUCAACAGGAGCAACUGCCCAGCGUCACCUUCACAUGGAGCGUUACAAAGUGAAGGCAGCUUUCUCCUGUAGUCCCCAUCACAGCUGACGGAUUUGGCAGGCUUCGUUGGUUGGUUGGUUGGUUGGUUGGUUGGUUGGCGCGGUGCUUCUGAAUUAGGUUUUGUAUAUUGAAACCUAUAUUCUGCGCGCAUGCAUGUCGAUAGCCGAUAAUAUAUAUGUAGCUCAUCGAUCUUUCUGUGUUUGCAACUUAUAGCAGCCUCCCCUGAUCAACACGUGAAAGCUUGUCGUGUAUCUCGCUGUAAGCGCCCACUCGAAAAGGAAAUAAAGAGCUAAUUAAGAUAUA